CAGGAGCAUUGUCCGUUGACAAUCAUCUCAUAUAAUUAAUUUCAGCGUUGACGCCGUGCCUGGUGUUCAUCCCAGUCAUUUUCCCUCUCGUCUUCGUCACAACACGAGAAUCGUCUCAGAGUGAAAAACGAAAGAGCGCAGAGUGGUUUUCGAUCAUUCCAAAAACAGGAACUGGUGAGUGAGUAUUAGAGUGUGUUUUGCUCAAUUGGGCAGUGAGUGUCCGUCGGCAUACUAGAGUAAUGUUUGUCGUGACAACUAACGCAAGACUAAGAUUCAUAUUAACAAGAGGCCACGAGCCACCAACAUCAACAUGAAGUCUAUCGGAAGGCUGUUGUACGACAGCGGACGCAGGUCUAUUUCGCAAAGAAACUGGCUGCAGUCUUCUUCUUCGGGUUCAAUAUUCGAGCUGCGCAGUCUAAGUCUUGACACACCGGAAGCAGGAGCUCGGCGAGCUUGGUUGAAUACAUGCAGUAGGCGUACCAUGAUGGGCUCUGAAGCAGAGCCGGUACGGACGCCUAAUAUUGCCACUACCCCGACCGACAUGCAGGUUGAAAACUCCGGCAAAAUCAGCACGAGUCAGUCUAAUCGAACGAGAAAUGCACUGAACAUGGCGGAUGACGUCAAAAAACUCAUCCUACGGAAAGAGCUACAACCGUCUUAUUCAACAAACCGCGUGGGUAUCGUAUCGACCUGCUCUGCGACGCCAUGCGCGCAAUCGACUCUGGUUUCGAGUUUUACACAUUGCCGGUACGCUGGCCGGCAACCACAUUGUACAAGUAUCGGAGCAGUCAUGCAGACGUGUGGUUACCCCUCGUAGUGAAAACAACAUCGACCGCGAUCCUAUCUCGGAAGAUAUAGAUACGUGUCAACACAAACCUUGAUACCGGGGACGAGGUGCUAUUCGACGACGACCAAGAGCCCAGCUACCGAUUCAAGUAUUCGAGAAGCAAAAAGAUGGACUCGUUCCUGCAAAUCCACAUUGGUAUUGCUCCUGCUGCAGCUGCAAAGUUCUUUGUCUACGAUCCUUUCACGCGGUAUGAUAAAGCGACUAACUCUGGCGAUAAAAAGAUGAAAGUGCGGAGGGGCCGCGGAGAACAAAGGCCAAAGUUCUUAUUUCGUUCCUUUGAGGGGGCACUGGACCCACACUCUCUGGCUGACGUUUUGUGCGAGAACUGGCACGCUUCCACGCCUCUAUCCCGGUAUGAUUGCUUUCGUUCAGUGACGGCGACGAUGGAUAAUCCAAAUCAAAUUGUCGCGUCCACCGCAUUGGCCGAAGCCGAUAAACUUUUGUAUCAUCCAAAUGGUUUGCGCUUGAGUUUCCCACCGCCGUGUUUCCGGACUCUCCACAACAGUCUGCUAAACGAGCACAGGAUCGUUCAUCGAAUUGCGAUCAACCGUUCGCAGUAUUUCGGGAAGGAGAUUAAGCUGUCGACCAGGUUCAACAAUAGCGGUUCAGGAAGAGAGCGUCCAUUAAGUGUUCAAGAAAUAGAGUGCCUGGAUUUUGUUAUUGUGCUGGACUACGAGCAGGCAGAGCUGCAAAACUUACGGGGGCUUUUUUGCUUGCCGAAAAAAGAGGUCAUUGAAUGUCUCACCACGUCAGAAAGAAGAGCUAGGUCGCAGCCCCACCGGCAACACGAAUGCAGCGAAAUAAAAACCUUUGGUCUGUACCCACCUGCCGUUGUACCACGGCUAACCUGGGCAAAGACAAAAGAAAAGGCGAUGAGACAGAUGGAUUACUACAUUGAUCCCUCCUUGAGCGGUGCAGGAGAGAAAUUGAAGAAUAUUUAUUUGCGCAACAACAAUACAUCUGCAUGAAUACCUAUGUAUACUUAUCAGCAUACCC